AUGCAUGAGCAAUAUAAAAUAAGUAUAGAAACAGAACACGAAAACCAACUUGCAAAAGAAAUCCGCGAUGCAUAUUGUCAACUUUCAACGAUAAAAAAAAUUCAAGCCGUGAUUCUAGCUCAAAGUAACGGCAUUCUUGCUGCUUCAGCACUUGGUUUACCCAUCUGUACGAGACUGCAAGGCUUCGGAAAAGCGAUGACACUUCAACAAUGUGAAACAAAACGGAUUUUUAUCUCCGCAAAAGAAUCUAAAUGUGGAUUUCAACCAUUCUUUACCUAUGAAGAUAAAAACUGCACUAUUGGAGUAGAUGGAUGGUCUAUACAUCCAUAUUCCGAUUGCUUUUGGAAAACUCAUUUGGUAAAUUUAAAUGGAUUCCAUCACACCUGGGAACAUAAUUCAACAGACAAAGAAUGGGUAAAACAAAAAGCAAACAUCCACAUGCCGAACUUAGACCUUAUCACGGAGUUCGAAGAGUUACACUUGAAUGACUUCGACUACAAUUUGAAGAGACAUCCAGCGCACGAAACUAUGGAAAUGGAACAAUUGAAUAUCCUAGACGAUUUAGUAGGCUUAAUGCAGGAAUCAAAUUCAAAAUCAGUUUCUGACAUAGUGAUGUCAGAAAAACAGGAUAAUCAGAUGAGUACCAUGUUUUCAUGGUUCGACACAUUGAAAAUUCUUAUCCUAUCUAUCAUCGGAUUCAUUGUAUUCAUCGUAUACCUACGCAUAUUCAUCAUUUUGAAGAAAAACAACGAAGAAACCCUAGUGAUGGAAUGGGGCAGUGAAGACACAGUGCAUCAUAAUGAAGCAAGCGAUGGUGAAAAGCAACCAGAAACCAACUACAUAGUGAUCGAAAGUGACAUUGAAACAGAAAGUGAAACACAACGAGAUGGACUUUUCGGGGAUUAUGGUUUUUAUCCACCAACGUUCAGAUUCGAUCCAAAUGCUACACAAAAAACGACUCUACCUAAAUGUAGUAACUGUGCAAUGAAAACGCACCCAUCUUUAUCCGCAGCGAGAGCAGAUGCCAUUCGCAAACGAACACAAGCCAUCACACGACUACGUGAUCAAGAAAUUUUCUAA